AUGCAGCAGCAAGACAUCGCCGAAACCACAGCAGACAAUAGCACAGCCGACAGUAGUGUCGCGGCAGGCAAAGCUAUGCAGCCAUCGCUGUCCCGAGGCCGCAUCAGAUUCGCGUUUCCCUCCAGCGCACGCUCCAAGCAUACAGAGUCUGCACAAGAUCCGAGCAGUAGGAACCGGAGAGAGGGAGCAGACGAGAACACGAUGAAUACUCAGCGACGAGCAGCCCUUGGCGCGCUGCAGCAAGAACAUUCUAGUGUCGAGGAGCCUGAGGAGGACAUGGCUGAAGACAUUCGCAUUCGCACGUAUGCGUUCAACGCAACAGCACAGCAACACGACAGUCGGUCGAUGUACAAGACGUUUCCGACGCCGACGAGGGACCAGGGAAAGUUGGCAGAGCUAUUGAAGGCCUUUGACGAGCAAGAAAUCUACGCGCCAAAACGAAGGAGUCGUGACGAAGAGAUUAGCGACAUGCGGCGUAGUCUCUUGGCCGAGCGGAGGCCGAAGGGAGGAGAGUUGUUCACACUGGGACCAGCGGGCGGACGACCGUUGCGAUUGCACGACGAGGACGACGACAAGCACGUGCACGUGCAAGCGGAAGAACGCAGCAACACCGCCCAGUCGCAGCCCGCCGAGUAG